CUCCAGGCUUUUUCAGAGUUCCGAUCGAAACUCCGUAUUGAACCGAAGAAACCGAGAGAUUUUGGAACGAGAAACACCUUCGGAGUUCUGAUGAGAUUCUCAAGCUGUAAGAAAAAAAAUCAUUAAAGCAAAAUCUUAAACCGGAGUCUACCGAUUUCCAUAAGUACCGAAUCGGAUCCGGUAUAGUCAUCUAUUGGCUCCGCCGCAAGUUCGAGUGUUCCUCCUAAAUCUUCUUCAGACCCAACCAAAACCCUUCCCCCGUUUCUUGCUUUCACUAAUCUCGCCGGCGAUUUUUUUUCCUUUCAAAGUCGCAAACAUUGUCCUCGAUCUCAAUUGGGUUUCCCAGAAAAGUUUCCACUUUCCCAUAGAAAAAAUCGUUUCAUGGUUACGACCUUGGAGUCGCGGGUAAAAUGCUAUGGAGAUGCAAUUGGGUGAAGCAGAGGAAGAGAAUCCUUAACACACUCAGUCUCUCUUCGGUUCAAGAUCAAUUCACCACGAAACCAAGUGAAUACUCUCCAAGAAUUGCUCCGAAGCCACCACUCACGCACGAUAAUGUGUAUUCUUACUUACGAGAGUCACCAUCCGAUCUCAAAACUUUGAAUUACUUCUUCUGGUGCGCGAAGCAGAACAGCUACUUCCACGAUGAUCGAGCAUUUGAUCACAUGGUUAGUGUUGUUGAGAAACUAACUCGGCAAUACAAUAGCAUCGAUCGAGUCAUAGAGGAACUGAAGCUAUCUGGUUGUGAGAUUAAGCCUCGUGUUUUCUUGUUACUGUUGGAGAUCUUUUGGCGUGGUCAUAUCUACGAUAAGGCUAUCGAGGUCUACAAUGGCAUGAAUGGUUUCGGAUAUGUGCCCAACGCUCGUGCCAUGAAUAUGAUGAUGGAUGUUCAUUUCAAACUCAAUCUUCUUUAUGGAGCUCUUGAAAUUUUCGAAGGGAUACGUUUUCGAAAUUUCUUUAGUUUCGACAUUGCAUUGUGUCAUUUUUGCAGUCGAGAGUAUUUAGUUAUGGUUAAGAUAGUUUUGAAGAUGAUGAUUAGAGAAGGUUUUUAUCCUAACGGUGAGAGGUUUGGCCAGAUUAUUAGACUGUGCUGUAGAAAAGGCUGCGUCGCUCAAGGGUUUCAAGUGGUUGGAUUGAUGAUAUCUAGUGGAAUCUCUGUUUCUGUUCAUGUCUGGAACAUGUUGGUUAGUGGUUGUUUUCGAUCAGGAGAGCCGCAAAAGGCGGUUGAUCUGUUCAAUAAGAUGAUUCAGAUCGGUUGCUCUCCUAAUCUCGUGACAUAUACUAGUCUAAUCAAAGGGUUUAUGGAUUUUGGAAUGGUUAACGAAGCGUUUAGUUUGCUAAGUAUUGUGCAAUCCCAAGGUUUAGCUCCAGAUAUUGUUCUUUGCAAUAUGAUGAUACAAACAUUCACUAGACUCGGAAGAUUCGAAGAAGCUCGUAACGUUUUCACCAGUUUGCAAAAAAGGAAACUUGUGGCGGAUCAGUAUACUUUUGCUUCAAUACUGUCUAGUUUAUCUUUGUCCAGGGAGUUUGAUCUCGUUCCUAGGAUCGCCAGCGGUAUAGGAACAGAUUUUGAUCUGGUAACUGGAAACAUACUCUUGAACUGUUUCAGCAAGGUUGGUCACAAUCUGUAUGCGUUGAAAGUACUCCGCAGCAUGUCUAACAAAGACUUUGCCUUGGAUUGUUAUACAUUUACUGGUUAUCUUACUGCGCUUUGUCGAGGAGGAGCAUCUCGCGAGGCUGUUAAGAUGUAUGAGAUCAUAAUCCGGGAGAACAAAUGUCUCGAUGCUCAUUUUCAUACUGCGGUAAUCGACAGUCUCAUAGAGCUUGGUGAAUACACUACCGCGAUUCAUUUGUUUAAACGGUGCAUCUUGGAGAAGUAUCCUUUAGAUGUUGUGUCGUAUACAGUAGCUAUGAAGGGGCUUGUGCGCGCGAAUAGGAUCGAUGAAGCUUGGUCUUUGUUUUACGAGAUGAAAGAAGAUGGGGUUUCUCCGAAUCGACGUACUUACAGGACUCUUAUCUCUGGUUUGUGCAAGGAGAAAGAGAAUGAGAAAGUGAAAAAGAUUUUACGGGAAUGCAUUGAGGAGGGAGUUGAGUUGGAUCCUAAUACUAAGUUUAAAGUUAUUAGUCUAUUGUCUCGAUAUCGCAGAGAUUUCUCUGAGUUUAGAUCGGUUUUUGAGAAAUGGAGAUCGGAUUUCACAGAGAACGUGGAUGUUUCUGAUUCGGACGAUAAUUUAGCUGUUUCUGUUGGUUGAGGUGGAGGACAAUGUAUAAUGUACAAUUGGCUUGGCGCUGUAAUUAUACAUUUUAUAGACUGUAUCAUCAAAAAUGUGACCACUAGUUUACAAUUUCU